UAUUAAUUGAAUGAUUGUAAUUUGAAGCAUUGUUGUGUUGGUUUCGUAUUGGAACGCGACACGUCAUGGUGUUGAAAAUAAGUCGGAUAUUUUAGAAAUUUAAUAUAAAAAACUCGCAUAAUAAAUCCUAUAGUGAAGUAACAUACUUUUGCAACGGUUACAAUUUAAAGAUCACAAUGAGGCUGUGUAUAACUAUCUUUAUACUUGUUGCCUUACUCCAUUGUUCAUAUGCACCUCCUGUAACACCAGAAAAGAAAGACCAAGAUAGUGAUCUUGUUGAUGAUGUUGCCGAGUACACGGAGUAUCACAGAUACCUGCAGGAAGUAGUACAGGCGUUGGAAAGUGAUGCAGACUUCAGAGAGCGUCUCGAGAAGGCGGACGAAGAUGAUGUUCGUUCUGGUAGAAUUGCGGAACAGUUAGAUUUCGUUAAUCACAACGUGAGAAGCAAGUUAGAUGAGAUCAAGCGAAGAGAGCUGGACAGGCUGAGGCAUCUUGCUACAAAGCAAUUUGAAUUAACAAAUGAACUCGACGUACAUAGCAAGGUGCCGACAAACGAGCACCUGGAUCACACGAAUCCUCAUACAUUUGAAAUUGAGGAUUUGAAGAAAUUGAUACAAAAGACCACAGCGGAUUUGGAGGCCGCUGACAAGAAGCGUAAAGAAGAAUUUAAGGAGUACGAAAUGCAAAAAGAGUUUGAGAAACAUCAAAAGAUAGAAUCUAUGAACGAAGCUGAAAAGAAGGAAUAUAUGGAGGCUGCUAAGAAGGAGGAAGAGGCUAAGAAACAUCACCAGCCGCUCCACCAUCCCGCUUCAAAAGAUCAGCUGUUAGAGGUAUGGAAUACGGCCGACAAUAUGGACCCGAAAGAUUUCGACCCGAAAGUGUUUUUCGUGAUGCAUGAUGUCGACGGUAACGGCGUUUGGGACGCUAAUGAAGUGAAAGCACUAUUUAUCAAGGAAUUAAACAAGAUGUACGGCCCUACUGGUCCCAAUACGGACUUACACGAACGUGCUGAGGAAAUGGAACGAAUGAGGGAACAUUUCUUCAAGGAGAACGAUCGCAAUCACGAUGGCUUGAUAGAUUACAACGAAUUCAUGAUGGAAACACAGAAACCUGAAUUCAACCGUGAUGAAGGUUGGCAACCAAUAGACGAAAAUCAGAUUUAUACUCAAGCAGAGUACGAAGCGUACGAACGGAAGAGACUUGAAACACUACACUACUUACAACAACGUGGAUUGGUCGAUGCUCAUGGUCGCCCGAUACCUGGCGCUGAACAUCAAAUACAUCAAGCAAUUAAACAACACCAACAGCAACAACAGCAAAUGGCUUAUCAACAAUCCCAGUAUCAUGGUGCUCAAGGCCAAUACCAUCCUCAAGGACAACCGAUGGGACAAUCUCAGUAUGCCCCUGUGCAAGGAUAUCAACAACCACCAGCUUAUCAACAAGGACAACCACAAGGCCAAGUGCCUCAGGGACAACAGCAAGGACAGUAUCAAGGACAAGUGCCUCAAGGCCAGUAUCAAGGUCAAGUACCUCAAGGUCAACCACAGGGACAGUAUCAAGCUCAAGCAUCUCAAGGUCAAUCACAAGGCCAGUAUCAAGGUCAAGCACCUCAAGGUCAGUAUCAAGGACAAGUACCUCAAGGUCAGUAUCAAGGACAAGGUCAAGUAUCGCAAGGACAGUAUCAAGGACAAGUACCUCAAGGACAGCAACAAGGCCAGAAUCAAGGACAAUAUCAGGCACCAAGUCAGGGACAGCCAAUACAGCAAAAUCAACAACAACAACAACAACAACAACAGAAUGUUCCAGUUCAAGCUGCCCAAGUCCCACAAGCACAACAACCGCCACAAGCUCAAAGUGCUCCAAAUGUGGAUUCAAACCACAUAUAGAUAAGUCACACAUCAAUAUUGUUAUUUAAAGAUUUAAUAAUAUAUAAACCUAAAAUGAUGUUUAGAGAUUUUAGAAUUUAGACAAUAUUCACUAACUAAUACUAUGUGCUGUGCUGUGCUGUUUUAAAUGGUGCCAAUUCUUGUAUUGCAAUGUUUCCAUUCUAAUAUUUAAAUUAGUUGUCUCUUUGCCUAUACUAUUGGGAUUAUAGAUUUUAAUUAUAUAGUUGUGACUAUAAA